GAAAAUGUUGUCGUUUUAGGAUGUGAAAACGACGAAAAAGUAACUGCAGUUAGUGCGCGCGUAUAAGUAGAAGAACCUUGUGCUGAACUUUUUGACAAGAACGGCAUUUCUAUAGCGGUUUUGCCGUCCAAAUUGUGGGGAAUUUUUAUUGCAUCCCCUGAAAAUGGAGGGAUCGGAGAGCAGUAUCGAUAGCAUUAAUGAAGCUUAUCGGCCGCUGGCUUCUCUUAACUUGGCUUUCAUGUUCCUCUGGUUCGUCUCUGCCGCUUGUUGGACUAUUAAUACAUACAAAAACCGCCACUUUCAGGUCUGUCAUCAUCUAAUUGUUAUGAAAUUGUCUCUUUGUUCCAAAAGGGUUUGUUCGUUUGAUGGCCGAAAUUAAUAUUGCAUAUCUGCCUGCUGCAGAGUUGAAUUUCAAGAACAGUUUUUUUUUUUUUUUGGUUUCUUCAUCUUGUUUUUCUUCUUGUGGGGUGCAAGAUUGUGUUUUUGUUUCUGUUACUGACUAAUUUUCUGAACCUUGUGCUUGUUUUAUGUUACUAGAACAGGCGAAUAAACUACAGUGGACACUUGCGGCUGUUCCAUUAAUCAAGGCGUUGCAGCUGACCUUAUCUUUUAUCUUCUGGUAUUCCUGUUUUUACCUCCAAGUUUGCUCCUUAUGGAUAUCAUUUGGGGUUUUUGUUACUGGAGCCCUCUUUCAAACUGUCACUUUUGUUGCGUUCCUGGUGAUAUCACAUGGAUAUUGUAUCACUUGCGAGCGUCUUUCCAUCACAGAGAGGAGAACUUUAGCUUCUAUUGGGUGUAUAUUCUACUUGACUCUUGUUGGUUACCGUGCAUCAUUACCGUAUUUCUCUGUACUUCUGCUGCUUAACUACUUCAUCACAUUCUACACGAUUUUUCGUCAUGUAUCUCAAAACCUAUCGCUACUUCGGGAACAGUUGAUGAUUAUAGAAGAUGAGGAUGUUCAUGCGAUGCAUGAUGCGAUCCUUACUAAGUACAUCAUGUUCAAGAAAUUUCAAGGUGCAAUGCACAUUGUGGCUAUGGCAGAAUUUGCAAUAUUCAUUAACAUGGAUAGUUCAUUGGAGAACUAUUGGGUUCGGUUGGUGGUUCGAGAAUGGGCGCACUUGUGCAUCUUUGCUUAUGUCGGAUGGACUUUCCGGUCAAAAGACUUAGCGCCGCGUUUUUCAGUUAUGCCUACUUUAAAGGAUAAAGAGAAGAAAAUGGUGCCUCCCAUCUACCGCAUUGAAAUGGAUGCAGCAACUUUUAAAGAUUUCAGGAGUCGUGAGUGGCAUAUUGGCGUGCCAACUUCUCCGGAGAAAGGUCGCUUUCAGGAUUCAGUCUUAGUUGUGAUUCAGCACCCUCACGUGGAUAGGGCUAGGAUGAAUUCAGCAGCAGCUAGUACAGUGCCUGCUGUUUCUACCUCUAACCUGGCUAACAACCCUCACUUGUUCUCCAUUGAAGAACAAAAAGAAUUGAAGAAACACCGAGUAUAGAUACAUUCGUGUAUAUAUAUACAAUUCCACCGUACAAAAAUUUUCUGCCUCCUUACGAAAAGAUUAGAUUGAUUGAUAUUGAUGCAUCAGACAUGUAGUCAUUAACAUGAAUGCAGAGACCUCUAACUCCAGAGGCUCUUUGGUUGUUACGCCCAGGCCAAAAAGAAGUCUGGUCAUUACACAGUGUAUCUGUAACUGGAUGUUGUAUUUUUAUACCUCAUAGAUGUUUCUUCAUUGUAAACAAUGCAGGAAAAGACACAAUUGUUUUGCGGUGUUUUCAAAUUUCUUAAUGCAAUUUAUGAGCCCUUGUAUACUACAACCUCCAUUUCGGAUUCCGAAAUUAUUGUCUAGUUUAUAUUUUUGUUUUUAGUACAAA